AUGAGUGCAAUGCUCCCAUUCCGGGACAUCAACGUGCACGCCUCGUCGACAUACUAUGCCUUCUCGUCUCCUUCAUCACCGAAUGCGCCAACGCUCAUAGUCGACCGGCCGUCUGGCGACUUGCGACUCAACGAUGGCAAGGUCACGGGCGGCCAUCGUGUCUCCAGCAUAUCUGGCAUCCUGGGAAUCAUCAAGCUGCGACUAGACAGCUAUGUGAUCGCAAUCACGAAGUCAACGCCCGUCGGACGGUUGAAGGGCCACCAAAUCUACAAGAUCGUCUCGACCGAGUUCAUGCCACUCCGGGAGCGUAAGGUACGGGAUCCGGAUGAGGACACCUACCUCGCAUAUCUGGAAAAUCUGAUCAAGACCGGACCCAUGUACUUCUCCUACUCCUUUGAUCUCACCAAUAGCUUCCAGCGGCAGACUUCGAGCGAUGCCAAGCAACCACUGUGGCAACGUGCAGAUGACCGCUUCUUCUGGAACCGCUUCGUUUCGUCCUCUCUCAUCGACUUCCGGUUGGGCAAAUCGUCGGGGAGGAUGUCUUCUGGACCGCAGCCCGAUGUCGACCCUUACAUUCUGCCGGUCAUGUUCGGAAUGAUGAGCGUCACCAAUACUUCUGUCAAGGGCAACAGCAUGACCUUCGUACUGAUGACGCGAAGAUCCAGACAUCGGGCGGGAACUCGCUACCUCUCACGUGGGCUUGACGAGCAAGGACAUGUGUCGAACUUCAACGAGACCGAGCAGACGAUCAUCCUCAACGACAGUGCUUCCAGUGGACCGACCAGCUAUGCUGGAGACCAAGGCUUCGCGAAUGGCAACCCAGUGGGCGGCAAGGAGACUCAGGUGCUGUCCUACGUCCAAACCAGAGGCAGCGUGCCAGUCUUCUGGGCCGAAGUCAACAGCCUACAAUACACCCCAAAACUCACGAUCCGCGGUGUCGAAAGCGCAGCAGGUGCCGCACGCAAGCACUUCGAUGAGCAAAUCUCCCUCUACGGCGAGAACUACAUGGUCAACCUCGUCAACCAGAAAGGCCGAGAAGUGCGAGUCAAAGACGCCUACGAACAAAUGGUCAAGAUCCUCCAAUCCUCGCCCCAAGAAGACCAAGAGUCCGGCCGCCGCUCCAACGAGCAAUUCCACCUGAUCGACUCCAAGGACUCUCGCAGCUGGUACGACCAUCUGCACUACAUCUACUUCGACUUCCAUAACGAGACCAAAGGCCUCAAAUUCCACCGCGCCCAGCUCCUGCUCGACCAGCUCAAAGACGGUCUCACAGCCGGCGCCUACUUCCACGGCAUCGACAAGCCCUCCGGCGGUGUGGAUGUCCGACGUAGACAGACCGCCGUCGUCCGCACGAACUGCAUGGACUGUCUCGACCGCACCAACGUCGUGCAAUCCAUGCUCGGCCGCUGGACCCUCACGCGCAUGCUGACCGAACUCAACGUCAUCCGCGCCGGCGAGAGCGCGCAAGACGAUCAAACGUUCGAACACCUCUUCCGCAACGUCUGGGCCGACAACGCAGACGUGGUCUCAAAAUCGUACUCCGGCACCGGCGCGCUCAAAACGGACUUCACGCGCACAGGCGAGCGCACGAGAGGCGGCAUGGUGCAGGACUUGAACAACAGCAUCACGCGCUACGUCCGCAACAACUUCUACGACGGCCCGAGACAAGAUGGUUUCGACCUCUUCCUCGGGAACUACCACCCCGACACCGCCUCCAUCGGCUCCGCGCAGCAGUUCGCCGAUCGCAGACCAGUCGCUGUCCAAGCGGUGCCGUAUAUGCUCGGCAUGUGCAUGUUCUUCGUCGUCGUAAGCGCGGGGACGAGCCGGAUGCCGGACUCGACCGUGUGGCCUUUGCGGCUGUUUACGCUGUGUUGUCUCGGCGUGGCGGGGUAUAGUGGGCGGUUUAUGUGGAAUUAUGGGGGUUUGUAUGUCAACUGGCCUAAGCUCAAUACGCCGCAGUGGGCUGUGGAGGCUUACCAGGACACGCUUGAGCGUGCGCGCAAGGAUCCGCUUGUUGGGUCGUUUAUCGGGCGCAGCGCGAGCGAGUCUGGGAGUUUGGAAGAGGGCAAGAAGCGCAGGGAGUAA